ACAGGGUUUCUCUAUAUAGCCCAGGCUGUUCUGGAACUCACUUUGUAGACCAGGCUGGCCUCGAACUCAGAAAUCCGCCUGCCUCUGCCUCCCGAGUGCUGGGAUUAAAGGUGUGCGCCACCACGCCCGGCUAACCAAAAUACAUUCUUUUUUUUUCCCCAGAUUUUUUUAAUUAGAUAUUUUCUUCAUUUACAUUUCAGAUGCUAUCCCCAAAGUCCCCUAUACCCUCCCCCUGCCCUGCUCCCCUACUCACUCACUCCUACUUCUUGGCCCUGGCGUUCCCCUGUACUGGGGUAUAUAAAGUUUGCUAGACCAAGGGGCCUCUCUUCCCAAUGAUGGCCAACUAGGCCAUCUUCUGCUACAUAUGCAGCUAGAGACACGAGUUCUGGGGGUACUGAUUAGUUCAUAUUGUUGUUCCACCUAUGAGGUUGCAGACCCCUUCAGCUCUUGGGUACUUUCUCUAGCUCCUAUAUUGGGGGCCCUGUGUUCCAUCCUAUAGAUGACUGUGAGCAUCCACUUCUGUAUUUGCCAGGCACUGGCAAAGCCUCACAGGAGACAGCUAUAUCAGGGUCCCUUCAGCGAAAUCUUGCUGGCAUAUGCAAUAGUGUCUGCAUUGGAGACUGAUUAUGGGAUGGACCCCCGAGUGGGGCAGUCUCUGGAUGGUCCAUCCUUUUGUCUUAGCUCCAAACUUUUUCUCUGCAACUCCUUCCAUGAUUAUUUUAUUCUCUAUUCUAGGGAGGGAUGAAGUAUCCACGCGUUGGUCUUCCUUCUUGGUUUUCUUGUGUUUCCAACAUACAUUCUUUAUUGAGCAUUAGGAGCAAGACAUUGAGCAGGGCACUGGAAUGCUGCUCUGGUCCUGAUGACAUUCACUGACUAAGGGGAUGGACAGCUUAAAUUUGGUUGUGUGGAGGGGUGUGAACAGGAAGUUGGCAGGCCUAUCUUGUAGAAUAUAAUGUCACUUCUGAUAAAGAUUAUGUACAAGCUCCAUUUACCUUUUUAUUUUUUAGUCAUUCAGGUUCAGCUGUUCGGGGUAGGGCUCUGUCAACCUUCCAGUAGAGGGUGGUGCUACAGGAGAGUCCCUAGUGUUCAUAGCUUGAUACUGGGUACUUGGAGGGGAGCUGAGGUCAGUCAGGAACUGGUAAGGAGGUGUAAGUAGAAGCAUGCUGCUUCUGUUCAUGUUCUUACGGCUCCCCACUCUGUAGCCUGAUUAGUACUGCACUCCUUUCUACCACUGACUAAUGUUCUGUGCUGUGAAUACUGCUCUAGUGUGCUUUCUAUUGCUGUGAUACACACCGUGACCAAAAAUAACAGGAGGAGGGAAGGGUUUAUUUCAUCCUAGAACUUACAGUCCUUCAUGAAGGGCGGCGAGGGCAGGAACUCAGGCGGGAACUGAAGCAGAGCCACAGAAGACUGCUGCUUAGUAGCUCGUUCUCCAUGAUGUCUCAGCCUGCUUUCUUCUCCUUCAGGACCCCUGCCCACGGGUGCCACCACCCAAGGUAGGCGAGGCCCUCCCAUGCCAAUCAGUAAUGAAGAAAGCAUCCCAGUGGCAUACCUACAAGAUAUUCUAAUAGAGGCAGUUCUUCAAUUGAAGUCCCGUCUGCCUAGGUGGUCCCAGUUUUGGGUCAAGCACAUAUAAAUACAGCAUGCUGUUGAUCCAUUUAUCAGUUGAUGGAUUUUAGAGGUUUCCCCUAUUAUAACUAGUGUGGGUAUGAACAUUCAAAUGUAAAUUUUUAUGUAAACAUAGUUCUUUCUAAAAUAUUUGUUUUUAUUAUUUUAAAAGUCACCAAAAAUAAACAACAACAUCCACCAGACCCAAAGACUGCACAACUCAGUGAACUUGUAUCCAGUAAGACAGAGCUGGGGAUUUUACACUGACUCUAUACUUUCAUGUCAAACAUAUUUCUAUGUGCUUGUUGGUUACAAAAAUUAAAGCAAAAAUAGUUUUGGUGGUGGGUAUAUUUUCUUUUUGUAGGACUUAUAAAAAUGUCUAUGUGUGUUUUGCCUGCAGAUAUGUCUGUGCACCUUUUGUAGGCUGCUGCUCUUGGAGGCCAGAGAGGGCAUGGGAUGGAUCUCUUGGAACUGGAGUUAGUGGAUGAUUAACCGUGUGGGUGCUGGGAAUCAAACAGCAGUCCUCUAGUUGGUGCUCUUAGCCAUGAGACAUCCGGCCAUUCCUUGAACAUGUGUUUCAUUUCCCUUUGCUUAUAGCUAGAGUGGAAUUAGGCACUGAUAAUGGUAACACUUUUUACCUCUUAGAGAAACUGUUUUCAGGCGUGGUUUCACCAUUUUACAUUGUCACCAACAGUGUGUAAGGAUCCAGUGUAGCCAUAUCUUUGCCAACACAAUAACAUCCAUCUGAGUAGUGGGUUUUAAACCAGUGCCCAUUGUGGUCCUGAUUUACAUGUCCCUAAUGACUAAGGACAAUGAAUCAAGAACUUUCAAGUGUUCUCUGAGAUACUGCUGCUCUGCUCAGCUUGGCUUGGCUUGGCUUGGCUUGGCUUGGCUUGGCUUGGCUUGGCUUGGCUUGGCUUGGCUUGGCUUGGCUUGGCUUGGCUCAGCUCAGCUUGGCUUGGCUUUUGGUUGCUGGAGUUUUGUUUUGUUUUGUUGACACAGGAUCUCAUAUAGCCCAGUCUAGCCUUGAACUCAUCUGUAGCUGAGGAUGGUCUAGAACUCCCAAUCCUGCUUCUACCUUCCAAGGACUAGGAUUAUACAAAUAUAUCACCACAUCUGGUUUUAGGCUGUGUGUGCUGGGGAUGGAGGGGUGCAGCCAGUGUCCCCUCAAGUCUUCUCCUUUGACAUUGAAAUGUGAUCACAGGCCAAGUGGAGUGGUGCAGGCCUUUAAUCUGUGCUCAGGAGGCUGAGGCACAGGGAUCACUGGGAUUUUGAAGCCAACCUGGUUUACAAAGCAAGUUCCAGGACAGCCAGGAUUGUUAAUGCAAAGAAAGGCUGUCUCAAAGAACCAAAAAAGAAAGGGAGGGAGGGAGGAACAGGAGGAGGAAGAAAGGGACGGAGGGAAGGACAGGAACCACUUACUGAACCCAGAGCUCACUGACUGCUGCCUUGCUAAGGGAUCUUCCGGGCGCCCGCCUCUGUCAGGAGGUUUCCAGUGUGUGCCAUGGCAUCUGGUUCUAGAGACCCACAUUCAGGUUCUCAAGAUUGCAUUGUAGGCCUUUGUUAAGUGAUACUACUCUCCAGCCUUUAGCUGUCUGUGUGUUUAUUUACUUUUAUGAUUUUUUUUUCCCUAUCUGAAUGGGCUGGAGAGAAAGCUCAGCACUUAAGUGAUGAUGUCGCAAACACAUGCAGCUCCAUUUCCAGGGGGUCCCACACCCCCUUCUGGUCUCAGGGCACUGCAUGCACACAGUGCACCAAUAUAGCAAAACACAUUUUUAAGACAUUUUUUGGGCUGACUGGAGUGAGUGGGGCUGACUGGAGUGAGCAGAGGUCCUAAAAAAAAAUUAAAUUGCCAACAACCACAUGAAGGCUCACAACCAUCUGUACAGCUACAGUGUACUCAUAUACAAAAAUAAGUAAAUAAAUCUUUUUAAAAAGACAUCUUUUAAAAAAAUCUCAUCUGAAUAACUGCAUAACUGGUAAAAAAAUAAUGUUUAUAAUAAAGUCUGCUUUAAAAGUUAAAAUGCAUUCUACAACUUAAAUUUAUUCUAUCAAUGAUUUGGGGGCAGUGGUUUCUACGGGGUUUUUUUAAAUUAAUUUUGUUAUUUGUCAGUUUCACAAGUCUGUAAUGUAGUCUGAUUUCUGCCAUCCUACACACCAUCUCCUGUCUCAUUUUGAACACUACCACUUGGGUCCCUACUGUUCCUUCCCAGGUUCAUCAUCUUCAGUUUGUGUUUUGUUCUGUGACCCAUUUAGUUUAACCGGAGCCAUCUGUGUGACCAUUGGGUUGGAACUAUCCCUCACCUUCUGGGGUGAUCAUUGGUGACUCCACAACAUUUUACACUCUUUUUUUUUUUUAAAGAUUUAUUUAUUGUUAUAUGUAAGUAUACUGUAGCUGUCUUCAGACACACCAUAAGAGGGCAACAGAUCUCAUUACGGAUGGUUGUGAGCCACCAUGUGGUUGCUGGGAUUUGAACUCAGGACCUUCAGAAGAGCAGUUGGUGCUCUUAACCACUGAGCCAUCUCGCCAACCCCCCAUUUUACACUCUUAAACUAAGUUAGAAAUAUGUGGCUGGUGUUUAACAGAUGUGAUAAUCGUAUGAGCAGGUUGUAGACCAGCUGUACGUAGGGGCACAUUUUGGGACUUAUAGACCGGGAUGUGAGUUCUAUAUAUAUGCACAGGGUUCUUCAUGGUGCUUGCAUAGCAGUUAUGUGCCUGGCACUGCGCUGUUGAGAUUAACUUGCCCAGUUCUCAUUACAACCCUGUGCCAUGGAGACUGUUACCAUGUUACUACUUCCAGUACAAACAAAAAAUAUGGUUUAGCGAAGAUGGCCUUCACAUUCCCUUGCUUCCGGCCCUCCUCCACUAAGGAAGAAUUAAACCACUUAAAGAAUGCCUGAUGGUGCCUUUUCUUGCUUCUCACUGACCAGAGAGGCCAUUGAACUCAGGGCUCCCUCCCUCCCAAGUCUGUAUCCCACUUUGAAGUUCUUUAAAGUAAGUUGAUAAGUCUCAGGGUCCCUCAGUUCUAAGUUUGUGUGUGUGUGUGUGUGUGUGUGUGUGUGUGUGUGUGUGUGUGUGUGUGUGUGCCCAAUGAGCAGCCACAACUCAAACGGGCUCAAAGCUGAAUAGUGGGCAGGGCUGGUGGAGGGGCGGGGCAUAUCAGCGGGCUCCUAUAGUUGCUGCUUGGACUAAGCUAUCUCAUGAAGAACCAUGAGCUGGACUUGUCCGCGUUGUCAGCAACCCGUUUACUUUGCUGAGAAGGUGAGCUCCUUAGGCAAGAACUGGCACCGUUUCUGCCUGAAAUGUGAGCGCUGUCACAGCAUCUUGUCCCCUGGCGGGCAUGCAGAGCACAACGGGAGACCAUACUGCCACAAGCCUUGCUAUGGGGCUCUCUUUGGACCUAGAGGGGUCAACAUUGGUGGUGUGGGCUGCUAUCUCUACAACCUCCCAACUCCCCCUCCUGCCAGCCGCAUUUCCCUCAGCCCCAGCAACUUUAGCCCCCCCAGGCCAAGGACUGGCCUCUCCCGGGCCAAGAAAAGGCCUCCCUACUUGAAGACAUUCACUGGUGAGACUUCACUGUGCCCUGGAUGUGGGGAUCCUGUCUUUUUUGAAAUUGGCACCGACCCUGCCUGAGGUGCCAACGUUGCAGGAAGACCCUGACUGCUGGGAGUCAUGCGGAGCAUGAUGGCAUGCCUUACUGCCACAUCCCCUGCUAUGGAUACCUGUUUGGCCCCAAAGGUGGGCAAUCUGACCCCAGACACUGGACCUAUGAGAAUGUGUGGACAACCUCCCUUGUGGUCAGACAUCUAGACCCCUCCCCUAUCCCUUCAGACCUCCACUCCCUUGCCAACAAAGCCCUUGGUGACAGGGCUCUCUCCUUCAGGUGUGAACAUUGGCGAUGUGGGCUGCUACAUCUAUGACCCAGUGGACAUAAGAUCCAAAUGAGCCAUUCGCAGGAGUGAUUAACCUAACUCAGGCUUCCCACCAUCUCCUCCGAGGUCUUUUGGAAUCUCUGGAAUUCUCUAGUCCUUUGGGGAGGAAGAAGGUGACACCCUGGGGGCCUGGGCCUAGGCUCUGUGGUAGAUCUGAGUCCAGACUGUCUCUGCCAGUUCUGUUUCCCCAUUCCUAUCUGGAUACCCCAGCCACCCCCACACACUUAGAAUGGUGGUUGCCUGGGUUCCCAGUUCCUCCUUCCAGCACUGCAUGAGCUUCAAAGUGUAUUCGUCAAGGUCACUGCGUUCCCUGACUUCUCUAAUAAAAUGUUGACUGAUUCCCAUACCUUCAA